AUGGAUAGCGAGGGACAGCGUGCGCCUGGCGCUGUGGCGGCCUCCGAUGGCAAUGCCAAUACCAAUACCAAUGCCAAUACCAAUGGCAAUAACAGCAAUAACGUCGCCAACGGUGCUAUACAACGACAGCAGCGAGGGAGCUCAUACUCGUCUCAGCGGAAGGGAAGCAUACGCCAGGAGCAGCCGCGCACGCUCUACCGGCGCAUGCUCGACAAGUACGGCAGCUUGGAGCUGGAGAAUAAAGGCAGCGUUGCCAGAGACCAUCUCGCCCUCGAACGCACAUUUCUCUCGUGGUUGCGAACUUCUCUCGCCUUCGCCUCCAUAGGCAUAGCUGUUACCCAGCUAUUCCGUCUCAACACGGCCAUCCAGCAACUAGAUCCCUCCCUCAACAACUCCAACAACCCUUCUUCUCUCCUCGCAGAGCAAUACAGACAGACGUCCAAGGGCCUCUACUUCACCAUCACCAGUGACGGCAACAAGCUGCGAGGUCUCGGUAAACCCCUGGGAGCCACCUUCAUCGCCAUCGCCAUACUUGUCCUCUUCAUAGGCUUCCACCGUUACUUCGAGAGCCAGUACUGGGUCGUUAGAGGGAAGUUCCCCGCUAGCCGUGGAAGCAUAGCCUUGACGGCCUUUAUCACCGCCUCGUUGAUGGUGAGCAGCUUGGUCAUCAUUCUUACUAUAUCGCCGGGGGCCAUGGAGUCGUAA